AUGGAUCCGCCAGGAACGGUCCUGUCCGGGGGCAGCUCCCCUGCGUGCUCCCACCUUUGUGGCACAGGCUGCUCAUCAUCCACACAUUUUGCAAAAGGUUCAAUCCUCAUCAUGCCUUUCUCUACAGCUUAUGGUAUUUUGGGAGCAGAUGUCAGAUCAAACACAGCUGCAACUACUCCCUCGUCCUGUGCUCAGGGCAAGUCAGCACCCUUACCUGUCCCCACAGCCCAUAGCAGCGCAGCCCGCGCUGCUCCGCGCUCCAAUGCCCGGGCAGCAGGACUGUGUGUGCUGCGCUCUGCAAGAAGAGGAAGGUCAAGUGCCCAGCAAAGAGGGUUGCAACCUUCGUUUGCAUGUGGAGGAGUCGUAUCUGGAGAAUCGGGAUUUAUUGGGAGUGAAGGAUUUCCAGGAGUCUACCCUCCAAACAGCAAAUGUACUUGGAAAAUCACAGUCCCAGAAGGCAAAGUGGUGGUUCUGUCUUUUAGGUACCUAGACCUGGAAAGCGACAACUUGUGCCGAUACGAUUUUGUUGAUGUGUACAACGGGCACGCCAACGGGCAGCGCAUCGGCAGGUUCUGCGGCACCGUGAAGCCGGGCGCCCUCGUGUCCAGCAGCAACAAAAUGCUGGUGCAGAUGACUUCAGAUGCUAACACUGCUGGAAGUGGAUUCAUUGCCAAGUUUUCUGCAGCGGAACCCCACGAAAGAGGCGAUCAGUACUGUGGGGGACGGCUAGAGAAACCUUCUGGGUCCUUUCAAACUCCCAACUGGCCAGAUCGAGAUUAUCCAGCAGGAGUCACAUGCUCCUGGCACAUUAUAGCCCCAAAGAAUCAGCUAAUAGAGUUAAAGUUUGAGAAGUUUGAUGUGGAAAGAGACAACUACUGCAGAUAUGACUAUGUAGCAGUGUUUAAUGGUGGGGAAAUCAAUGAUGCUAAAAGAAUUGGUAAAUACUGUGGAGACAGUCCACCCGCGCCUAUUCUAUCUGAGAAAAAUGAACUGCUCAUUCAGUUUUUGUCAGAUUUAAGUUUAACAGCUGAUGGUUUUAUUGGCCAUUACAAAUUCAGACCAAAGAAGUUACCCACAACCACAGUUCCACCUACAACAACAGCUCCAGCUACAUCAACUUUGAAACCUACGGUUGCUCUGUGCCAGCAAAAGUGUAGGAGGAGCGGGACACUUGAAAGCAAUUACUGCUCAAGCAACUUCGUCAUAACUGGAACUGUAAUUACCACAAUGACCAGGGCUGGCAGUCUACAUGCAACGAUAUCGAUCAUUAACGUGUAUAAGGAAGGAAAUUUAGCAAUUCAGCAAGCAGGCAAGAGUAUGAGUGCCAAGAUUACAGUUGUAUGUAAGCAGUGUCCUCUGAUCAGAAGAGGUUUAAACUAUAUCAUCAUGGGCCAGGUAGAAGAAGAUGGUAGAGGCAAAGUCCUGCCCAACAGCUUUGUCAUGAGUUUCAAGACUAAGAACCAAAAGAUCCUCAAUGCCUUGAAAAACAAAACAUGUUAAAACUACGCUCUGCUGCUGCCUUCUAUCAC